UCUUCGCUUAGCUAUGCUAGCGACAAGAAGUUUUUAUAUGUGAAAAAGAGAACAUGGUGGUGGAUAGCUGGAGUGGCGUUCGUCGUAUUUUCAACGAUAGAGAGUUCAUUGGAGAAGAUGCAUGGCGAGGAAUUGGUGAAUGCGUUGAAUAAGAGAAGUAUGGAGGUGGGGGAAUGGCUUUUAGAAGUGUUCAGAUGUUCAUCUGGGAAAAAGUCGGCAGAAGUGUUGAUGAGGUCCGAGGAGGUGUUGAGAAUACUGAACGAGUUGGCGAUGAGCGAGAACCAAGAGAAGGAUUCAAGGUCAUUGGCACUGUUGUGUUUGAAGCAACUUGCAGAGCAUUCUAAAGAAGCUAGGUUGAGAGUAUUGGCGAGUGUGGAUUUAGAUCGUUUGAAAACAAUAUUGGUUCAAUGGGAAGAAGAGCGAAAUGGGAAGUCGAUGGAUGAGUGGUUUCUUGAAUUGGGUUCAGAGAUGUCCGGGACGCACGAAGAGGCUAAAGAACCAACUGAUUUGAACCGACAGAAUUUCGUUGAUGACGAUCCGAAAAGGAAAUCCACUGUUGUGUUUGGUCGCGCGUUGCCGACAUUAGUUUUGAAUUUGGUGGCAGUAUGUUCAGAAGAGCCCACGUGCCACAAGAAAUUGAUCAAGUGCGGUUAUGUGCGCUUCGCAAUCGAAGCCAUGAAUUCUAGAAUUUCGCUCUAUAACGAGGGAUUGCAAAUUUUGGCCAAUUUGACUCUAUCAGAAGUCGGUGCGAAGACGUUGAUCAGAAACCGAGUCUAUCAGCAAGUUUACGAUUAUUUGUUCGCGCCUGACCCUCUUUCGCCGGGCAUAGCUCGGUGGCAUCCGGAUGGUACAGAAAUCAAUAGUCAAACUAUUCUUCUUGGGAAACAACUUUUACAUCAGCUCCUCACUCAUCAUAAGGCAGAGCUCAGAGAUCCGUCUUGGGUCUCUUCAAUCCCUAAAGAGCGUUUCGAACAGCUCUUGGAGUUCGACUUUGAUAAGUAUACCGAGCCUUUAUUCGCUUCUUUCGUUCUCCAAAACCCUUCUUAUGUCUGCUGUUUUCUCCAUUAUUUGGUCGUCAUGUCGUAGUCUAUACAGAUUCCGCAAAUCGCCCGCACUUCCCCCUCCGUCUCGUCUAGCCCCGUAUGUCCUUACCCACGCGACGCUUCCAGCGUUCGCGGGCACUUCCUUCCUGUGCAUUCUCUGGCAUUUGUACUCUGCCCAUUCGACCGAUUGGCUCUCGCCGGACCACUACCACGUGCUCCAGUCCAUUCUGUCUAGUUCCCUUUUGCCCCCGUUGUUCUACUUCACCCUCCAGGUCGCGCCCUUCUCCUUCGUUCCCCUUCUCGUCGGUAACCAAAUUUCUCUGUAUUCCUCUCACGCCACGAACCGGCAUUCCGUCCAGUCGAAAGUUCGCCUCAUCCAGGCGCAA